AAACAUCUUCACGUGACAGGCGGCUCCACAGAUACAGGAAGAAUAAACGGAGUGAGUUGUGUUUUUUUCUGUAAACUGCCAGUGUUUGGGAUGCGGCACAGUUGUUGAAUUAUAACCACACACGCCGCGGUCCAAGAUGGCAGCAGUCCUCCUGUUCUCCUACCUGGCUGCUCAGGUGUUGCUUGCUGCUGGCAGCGCGGUGUCUGAGCCCAGCAAUGGCACCGUACCACUGGUGUUGUGGCAUGGGAUGGGUGACAGCUGUUGCAACCCUCUCAGCAUGGGGGCGAUAAAGAAGAUGGUCGAGGAGGAGAUUCCAGGGAUCUACGUGCUCUCACUGAUGAUCGGCAAGAACGUCAUCCAGGACACAGAAAAUGGGUUUUUCAUGGAUGUGAAUGAGCAGGUGGCCAUGGUGUGCGGGCAGCUGGCUCAGGACCCCAAAUUGAAGGGAGGCUACAAUGCCAUGGGCUUCUCCCAGGGGGCGCAGUUUCUGAGAGCUGUGGCUCAGCGCUGUCCCUCUCCCCCGAUGAAAACCCUGAUCUCAGUCGGAGGCCAACACCAAGGAGUGUAUGGACUUCCCAGAUGCCCAGGAGAGAGCUCCCAUAUCUGUGACAUGAUCCGUAAGGCCCUGAACAGCGGAGCGUACACUGACAUGGUUCAGAAACACCUGGUGCAGGCCCAGUACUGGCACGACCCCUUCAAUGACGACCUGUACAAGAAACACAGCCUCUUCCUGGCCGACAUCAAUCAGGAGAGGGCUGUAAACGAGACUUACAAGAAGAAUCUUCAGUUGCUGGACAAGUUUGUCAUGGUCAAGUUCUUACAGGACACUGUUGUGGAUCCAGUUGAUUCAGAGUGGUUUGGCUUCCUGAAAACCGGCCAGGCCAAAGAGACUGAAACUCUGCAGGAGAGCGUUCUCUACAAAGAGGAUCGUCUGGGGCUGGCAGCGAUGGACAAGGCCGGAAAGCUGGUUUUCCUGGCCACAGAGGGGGACCACCUCCAGUUCACCAGGGAGUGGUUCACUGCCAAACUACUGCCUUACCUGCGCUAGCAACCCUUCCAAUGUUAGACAGUUCUGACUCGGUUUAAUCAAUUUGCAGCAAACUAAAAAUCAGAAUUUACACCAUCUGUCAGGAGAAAAUUUAUGCAAGUAUAAAUUGAGUUGCAGCUUAACGAACUGACUGUCAACACUUUGCCAUAGUUUCGUGUUAUGGGCCAGGGAUGCAAAAGCAAUUACUUCCAUUUUGCACUGAUCAUGUGUAGCAUUGUCAUUUUGUGUUGAAGCUGUCUUGUGUGGCCAUGUUGAUUUUAGCAUCUGGGUUGUGUUGCUACCACUAAUAUUAUUACCACCAUUCGAUGUCAAAUGUUAGUUAUGAUGUGUGACGUUCUCAUGGGAUCAUGUUGUUUUGGAAAUGUUGGAUUGAGACUGUAUUUUUGAAUAAAAUCUUACAUUCUAACAUUA